AUGGAGCCGGGAUUCAACUGCUCUGAGCUCUGUGAUGGCAGCUCCAGUUUUGGCAGCCAGGAGCAGCAGCAGCGGGCGCUGCAGGAGCUCUGCACCGUCACGGUGACAUCUUCUGACCGCGGUGGGAAGAGCUCCCCAUCCUUCUCUGCUGCUCUCCUGGGAGUUGUGUGGACGUUUCUGACUGGAGGAGUCCUGCUAGCGCUCUUCUUCCUCGUCUUCACAAUUCGCUUCAGGAAAAACAGGAUCGUGAAGAUGUCCAGCCCCAAUCUGAACAUUGUGACCCUGCUGGGCAGUGGCUUGACUUACACUAGUGCUUACCUCUUUGGGAUUCAGGAGCAGAGCCUGCCAUCCAGAGACUCAGUGGAAAAGCUUAUUCAGGUGCGGCUCUGCCUGCUGUGCGUGGGGACCUCCCUGGUGUUUGGCCCCGUCCUGGGGAAAAGCUGGCGGCUCUACAAGGUGUUCACCCAGCGGGUGCCGGACAAGCGGGUGAUUAUCAAAGACCUCCAGUUGCUGGCAAUGGUGGCAGUGUUGGUGCUGGCAGACGCCGUGUUGCUCUUGACAUGGGUAUUCUCUGAUCCCGUCCAGUGCUUCCGAAGCCUCAGCAUCUCACUGCGGGCGACGGAGAAAGGCAUGACCUGCUCAGUGAGCCGGGUGCAGUCCUGCGCAUCUCUUUAUUCCGAUCUUUGGCUUGUCCUCAUUUUAGGGUUUAAGAGUAUCCUGCUGCUGUAUGGGACCUACUUGGCCGGUCUGACCGACAAUGUCAGCUCCCCGCCAGUCAACCAGUCCUUGACGCUCAUCGUCGGGGUCAACCUCGUUUUCCUGGCUGCUGGCACUGUCUGCUUAGUUCAUCGUUUCUUCCGUGCUUGGCACAACUUGCUGUUUGGUUUUACCUCUGGAGGCAUCUUCAUGUGUACAACCACAAUCAAUUGCUUCAUCUUUGUCCCACAGCUCAAGCAGUGGAAAGCCUUUGAAGAAGAAAGCCAAACCAUGAGCCACAUGGCAAAAUAUUUCACUAGCCCGAGCAGGAGCUGCCGCUCGGUGUACAGCGAGGAGCAGCUCUACCAGCUGAUAGGGGAGAAAAACUCCAUGAAGCAGCUGCUUACCGAGAAAAACGCCGUGAUCGAAAGCCUGCAGGAGCAAGUGAGCAGCGCCAAGGAGAAGCUGAUGAGGCUGAUGUCUGCAGACAGCAGUUGCGACCCCCGUGCACCGCCGGCAGCUCCGUGCACCCAGAGCUCGGGGCAGCAUGGGGAUGUGCCAGGGAUCCACUGCCCCUCGGAUCUGGAACGGGAUGGGUGGCAGCCUCCCUGCUUGCUGGGUACACCGCCUCUUUGCAGUGAUGCUCAGGACCUCCAGAAGCAUGUAAGCCAUGAGCCUGCUUGCUCUCGGGUGCUGCUUUUUGAUAUGGGAGACGGCAUCGAACAUGGCCUGAAAGACGUCCAGGAGUGCAGGACACCUGCAGGGCAGGGGCAGCCUCCGGAGCAGCUGCCUGGCCAGGACAUCUCAGCUGGUGCGGCCUCGGAGUCAUCCCCCAAAAUUAGCUAUGUGAGCAGCGAGAAGCUGCGGGAAAUCUUGCAAGAGCUGAGCCUGGAUGGCAAAACCUAUGGCCUGGCCUCACCUGGGGGAACCCUGUGUGGCAGCCAGGGCCCCCCAGGCAAGCAAGGAGGAAUGUGGAGGGCCCAGGAGGGCUACCUGGGCACCCGCACACCCCUCAGCCCCUACUUGGCGAGGCGGCGGCGGAGGAUCCCGCUGCUCCCCACCUCCACCCACUUCCCCGGACAUAUGUCCCCUCGUGCCAGCCACAGGGUGAAGGAGGCAGGCGGCUGGGGCUGUGGGGAGUCAGCACGUAUCUCCCCGGGGAGGGAAGGGGAGAUAGCUGGUGGACCCCUGCCAGCACCGUCCCCUCCAGCCAUCCCUGGAGAGGUCUGCCUCCAGCCAGAGGGAUGGCCAGGAUGGUCAGAGUCCCAGGGUGCUUCGCCAUGUGUCCCACGGGAGCGGCGGCGGCGGCAGCAGGGCACCCCAAGGGGACCCACCGAGCCCUUCCUGCGCUCGCUAUACUAUUACCCGGACUCCGACUCCAGCAGCAGCAGCUCUGAGGAGAUGUUUCACGGCUGCCACCGGCCCUGCUGCGAGGUCUGCUUCCAGAGCCCGCGCGGUUCCCUGGGCAGCAGUAGCACGGACACGGACACAGAGCCCAGUGGCCGCAUGGGCCACCGGACAGAGCACCACAGCUGGCCCCAGCCUGUGGUGAAUUUCAAAGAAGAUCUGAAACCCACCUUUGUGUGA